UCAACAGGUUGAGACUCAGGUCUAAAAGCGGCGCCGCGCUGACGUCACGCCGCCUCUGUGUUUGUUAUGUGGUUUUGAAGCAGAAGCUGCUAACUAGCACCGAGCCUCGUCUUCAAACAUGCUCUGAUUCUACACCUGCCAGGUUUGGAGGACAGAGAUGGCAGUGUGUGCACUGACCAUGUUGGAUGGGAUGGAGGACGAGGUGACGGCAGCAGGCGGCGUUCUGCUGCUGGUCCUGGCCCUCAUCUUGGCUUGGCUCUCGACCCACGUGGCCGACCGGGGAGACCACAUCCUGGGCACCAUCCUCACUGUGGGCGCUCACGCCUCCCUGAUCGGACUGGGGGGCCAUGACAACUACAGCGGGGGUCCUGCCGGUGCUGACGCCCCCGAACAGCAAACUCCUCCACCUUCACAGGAGAACAAGCCGGACGACAGCGAGCCGUCGGCCGAGAGGGGAGAGGGUGAGGGGACGGGGGAAGGGGCUGAGGGGGUUUGGACAGAUCUUCUGCUGGACAUACAGAGCAAACAACCUCAGGCUGGAAGACUGAACACUUCCGAUGGAGAGGAUGAGGAGGAUGAUGAGGAAGAUGAGGAGCUGGAGGAGGAAGAAAAGAAGGCUAUAAAGCCAGUUUUGACCACCGCCAGUACGACCACUUCCAUCUCUGUCCGCUUGAAGUUUUUAAACGACACAGAGGAAGUGGCAGUCGUAGAACCACAGGACACAGUGGGAAUACUGAAAAGCAAAUGUUUCUCAGGUCGGGAGCAUCAAAUUAAGUUAAUUUACCAAGGCCAGCUGCUGCAGGAUCCCAAGAAGACUCUGCUCUCCCUGAACAUCACGGACAACAGCGUGAUCCACUGCCACGUCUCCCAGACCCUGCACGAGGCCGGUCCAGAGGAAGGGGCUCAGUCCGGGGCCGGAGCAGGAGCUGGGUCUGGGGUUUCCGGAGGGUUCAGGGCCGCCGGCGUGGCAAUCAGCACUAGCAGCCUGGUGGUGCCUGUGUUCGUGGUGAUACUGGCCGUGGUGUGGUACUUUCGCAUCAACUACCGGCAGUUCUUCACCGCCCCCGCGACCAUCUCCCUCGUGGGAGUCACUGUGUUCUUUAGCUUUCUGAUAUUUGGGAUGCACAGCCGCUGAAAAGGCAAAGAAGAGGGCUCACGCUUAGAGCUGAAUGUUGGGAGAUGAAGUCAAAAAUAGCUGCAGCGGUGGGCGAGCGUCUGGAGAGAUGGACUAAAAGGGCCUGGGUGCAGAUGCUACAGCUGAUCGUUGUGUGUGUGUUUGUGGGUGGAUAGGUGAGCCUGUUGGUGCAUAUACCAAGAAAAGACAGAUGAGUGAUUGUACAGUACAAGUGCAGUAAAUAAUAAUCUGCAGUGAGUGAGGAGUUUGCUUUAACUGAAACCUAAUUUAGCUUCUCUGCAAACAUGACUUAGUGGUUCACACCAUGUUGUAACACUCUGGGUUUAUCUCGUCAUCAUGCUUUCCUGGGCGUUAUUCUUUUUCAAAGCACUGCUUCUAUGUUUAAAAAAAAAAAAAAGCGCAAGAUGCAAGAAUCUGAAAUCAUUCUGAACCACUCACUGUUGUGCUGUGUGUGCCAGUUUGACUCUGUAUCUUUAUUUUAUGUUAUUUGACUGAUUCAAGCUCUCUGUACGCUAAUAUAAACUGUACAGCUGCCUCAAUGCAGACUGAAUUAUGAUUAUUUUCUGUUGCUCCAAAAUGUUGCUCUGUAGAAAUAGGCUAAUUUAAACAAUCACUAGACAUGGAAAUAGACACCUUUUGAGAAGAUGCUGUAAAUAUGUUGUGUAUUUUCUGUAAAUAAGAUGAUAGAAUGAAUCAGGUGAACCUGCAUCUGGCACUUAAAGAUUUGGAGGAGGGGCGUUCUACCCUUCUGAUUAUGCUGGACUGCUCUGGUGUCAGUGGUAUCUCAAAUUAAAGCAUUUCAAACCAAA